AUGGAAAGCUAAUUGAGCAAUCAACUUCAACGUUAGAUUGAAACAGAGAUAAUAAAAAUAAUAGAUAAAUGUCAAGGACUUUUAUCUACUUUUAGUGAUACUACAAAAAAGAAUAUAGAAAUUGUUUUAUUUGUAGGAUAAACAGGAGCAGGAAAGAGCACUUUAUUCAACUUCCUUUGCGGAGCAGAGUUCAAAAUUCAAGAGAGAGUAUUAAAAUUAAGAAAUCCUUCUAAUAAAUUUUCAGAGAUGAAAGGUGGAAUGAAUUCUGUUUCAAAAGAGCCCAAUUAUUAUUUUAAUUCAGAAUAUAAUCAUUUAUUAAUUGACUUCCCUGGUUUUUAAGAUACAAAUGGUAAAUUAGAUCAACUGUUAAUUGAAUUAAUAUUUUAAAAGGUAGUCACUUAACUACCUAUUAAAGUGAUAUAUGUUAUAAAGAAUAAUGAAAGCACUCUGCCUAAUAGAGGAAUGUAAAUAAUAGAAUUUAUAGAUUAAUUAUUUAAAAAUAGUAAUUUAGAUAUUAAUAAGUUUAAUUUAUUAUUAAAUUGUUAUUUAGAAGAUUUGUCAAAUUUUGAAUUGAAAAGAAAUAUAAGAAGAGAAUUAAAAAUCAAAAGGAAAAAAUUUAAAGGGAAUCUCAAAUUGCAAUUCUUUCAUCUUAAAAGGAAUAAUUAAAAUAAGAAGUGA